GUCUACUCGGGGACGUACAAACUGAUUCACAUCGCGUUUGCUCUCUCCAAAAGCUUUUUACAUUCCAUUUCACAUCAAACGCGAGUGAGUGUAUGUGAACUUCAUAUCAACUUUUGUGUUGCCAGUCGAAAAAACAAUCAUUAAGGUCAUUAUCAAGGACUUCGGCACCUGUUAUACUCUCAUAUUAUGUAUGAAUGUGAAACCGCGGUAUAGAAGCCAGGCAAAAUAGAAAUGUGCUUUAAUAAAUACUUGAUUAAGCUGGCAGACUACUUCCGAUUAAGCACGUCUCGCUGAAUGUAUUAAGAAGUAAAAUAAUUCAAGAUGGGUCAUAUAAAGAAAAUUGUGAUCACGAAUUUUCUUCUAUGUUUUUGUAUGUCAGGCGUAUGGAGCAGAUCAUGGGCCAAUCAUCACGAUACGACUACGUCAACUACCCAAACAACACCUACAACUAGUUCCAUGCCGAAGAAUAUUCACAAUGAUCCUCUCAUUGUUGAAACUAAAAGCGGUCUUGUCAAAGGUUAUGCCAAGACGGUGAUGGGACGUGAAGUACACAUCUUCACAGGCAUCCCAUUUGCAAAAGCACCUUUAGGCCCAUUAAGGUUCCGUAAACCUGUCCCGAUUGAUCCUUGGCACGGAGUUCUCGAGGCUACUGCAAUGCCAAAUAGUUGUUAUCAAGAGAGAUAUGAAUAUUUUCCUGGAUUUGAGGGUGAAGAGAUGUGGAACCCGAACACUAACAUAUCAGAAGACUGUCUCUACUUGAAUAUAUGGGUGCCACAGCAUCUAAGGGUUCGACACCACCAAGACAAGCCUCUUACAGAAAGGCCAAAAGUGCCUAUACUAGUUUGGAUUUACGGUGGAGGGUAUAUGAGUGGGACGGCAACACUUGACCUGUAUAAAGCCGACAUAAUGGCCUCAUCGAGUGAUGUCAUAGUAGCAUCUAUGCAGUACAGGGUGGGUGCAUUUGGAUUUUUAUAUUUAAAUAAAUAUUUUUCUCCUGGAAGUGAAGAGGCUCCGGGGAACAUGGGUUUGUGGGAUCAGCAAUUAGCUAUUCGCUGGAUCAAGGAUAAUGCGCGUGCCUUUGGCGGUGAUCCUGAUUUAAUAACUUUGUUCGGUGAGUCAGCCGGUGGUGGAAGUGUGAGCUUGCAUAUGCUGUCACCUGAAAUGAAAGGACUAUUCAAAAGAGGAAUAUUACAAUCUGGGACUCUGAAUGCGCCUUGGAGUUGGAUGACUGGAGAAAGAGCACAGGAAAUCGGAAAAGUUUUGAUAGAUGACUGUAAUUGCAAUAGUAGUCUUUUAGCUGCCGACCCUAGUUUAGUCAUGGAUUGCAUGCGCGGAGUGGAUGCUAAAACUAUAUCGGUGCAGCAAUGGAACUCAUACACUGGGAUAUUGGGUUUCCCGUCAGCACCAACAGUGGAUGGUAUAUUUUUGCCUAAAGACCCUGACACGAUGAUGAAAGAAGGACACUUCCACAACACUGAAGUUCUCCUCGGGAGCAACCAAGACGAAGGAACUUACUUUCUGCUUUAUGACUUCCUCGACUACUUUGAGAAGGACGGCCCGAGUUUCCUGCAGAGAGAAAAGUUCCUGGAGAUUAUCGAUACAAUAUUCAAGGAAUUCUCUAAAAUCAAAAGAGAAGCUAUCGUAUUCCAGUACACCGACUGGGAAGAGAUCACCGAUGGGUAUCUGAACCAGAAGAUGAUCGCUGACGUCGUGGGCGACUACUUCUUCGUGUGCCCAACGAACUAUUUCGCAGAAAUCUUGGCUGACUCCGGUGUUGAUGUUUACUAUUACUAUUUUACUCAUCGCACCAGCACAAGUCUGUGGGGUGAGUGGAUGGGCGUGAUGCACGGUGACGAGAUGGAGUACGUCUUCGGCCACCCCUUGAACAUGUCUCUCCAGUACCAUACUCGGGAACGUGAUCUGGCCGCGCAUAUCAUGCAGUCCUUCACGAGAUUCGCUUUAACUGGGAAACCGCACAAACCGGACGAGAAGUGGCCCCUGUACUCGCGGUCGUCGCCCCACUACUACACGUAUACCGCGGAUGGCCCGAGCGGGCCGGCCGGGCCACGCGGGCCCAGGGCGUCGGCCUGCGCUUUCUGGAAUGAUUUUCUCAACAAACUCAAUGAGUUAGAACACGUACCGUGCGAUGGAGCCGUCACUGGACCUUACAGCAGUGUCGCGGGCACUACGCUGCCUCUAGUGCUUCUCACAACACUGGCAAUCACUGUGGCAUUAUAAACAGUAUCACUAUACAGCCGUUGAAAGCACACCAUUACAAAAAUAUUGCAAGUUUAAAAAUAAUAUUUUUGAUCGAAAAUCACAUAUCACUUAGAUUUUAAGAAAAUAUAAGUAGGCACCUAAUUGAAAAUGGCACUGAAACUUUAAAUACUAACGCAAUCUCUCACUGAGUCUAGAUUUGGUAUGAAAUUGAAAUCCUCAUUGUGAAAUUUAAAGAGCUUUGUACCAGAUUGUACAGAGUGAGGGAACCCUCGGUUUUAUCCUGGAUUGACGAUCUGUCUCAUUAGGCUAUGGGGAUGUGAAAUGAAAUCAAAGAAAAAUAGUCUUUUCAUAGCCUAGGUACUUAGCGUCAAAUAUAGGUAGCAUUUGACGCCUACCAGUGACGUCGAAGCCUCGACGUGUUGUUAUAACGUUAACGCUAACGUUACGUUAUAUAACAAUGUUACGGCUCGCUCGUCGACCCGAGACUGGUUAUGAUUUCAAUCUCAUAACUUUCAAUUAAGGGCCAAAAAUGUUUAAAAAAUCUACUUAUUUGUCAGUUUUGUCACGUAGAAGUCACUAAACAUUUCUUUACUUAUGAUAAUAAUAAUUAUAAAGAUUUCAAUACAAUAUUCAGGUCCUUUAAUUUGCGAAUCGGUUUACUCUACAGAUAAGGCUUAUCUGUGGUUUACUCUAUAUGCUAACCAUAGAUGGAUAGUGAAUGUUACAUUAUGAGUAUUGCAAAUAACAUAAAAAUUCAAGUUAGGUAGACUAAUAUUGUUGUUUCUUCUGAUUAAUUACCACCACACUUGGUAUUAUUUUUAAUAAUAUUCUUACGCAUUAAAAUUAUUGUAAGGAUUAACUGUAAUGUGUCGCUAAGUUACUUAGCAACGUUGUCAUUUGUCUAAAGGUGCCGAAUUUUUUGGCAUUAAUAACGUCUGCUAAGUAACACGACAUACUAUGGAUAGAUUGAUCAAUCGGCCGUUAUCGUUAGGCAGAUGAUUUUAUGGGAAGUAAUAAUACAAUCUAUUCUAAGACAAAAAUAUUUUAUAAUCUCUGUAUUUUACUUGUGUAAGAUAUAACCGCUUAAGUAAAUUAGAUGUCAUGAUGUUCCUCUACCUAGUAGAAAAAUAGGUAUUGUUGUGUAUCAAAAUGUAGAUCAUGGUCAGGUUAAUAUAACCUUGAUGUGUUAUGUUAAGGUGUAUUUUAUGGUACUCUUUAGUAAGACUCGACGUAGACAAAACAAUUUUAGAAUUAUUAUGUUUGGAACUUAGGUCUUCUGAACUGUGGUUGGCACAUGUUAUUACAGAAAUCUUUAAAAAAGGAAAAUUAAUUACACCUGUGAUCGAAUCAUAACCAGAUGUACCUACCGUCUGUGUUAGAUGGUAUUUGAUGGAAAAUUGUAAAAUGUUUGCGUGUAGAACGCCAAUUUUCGUUUAUUUAAAGAAUCAAAUUACUAUCUACAAAUCACUGCUUAUCUCUUCUAAUUAUUUAUUUAUUAUGAAAGUAUGUAAUUUUUUCAUAAUUUCAUAAGUAAUGCCUGCUAAUUAGUUUAAUAUGCUUAUGGUAUAAUAUCUCAGUUGCUCGGAUGCCUAGGAAAUAAGUGUCAAUUUCGUUCGUAAUUUCCAUGACUUUUUAAAGAAAACACUACCCAAGUGUAAGAGAGCUCUUUCCUAUGAGUAGUGAAAGCAACUGUCUUGUCUCCGUCGCCUCUUAUUGAUUUGUACCUUUAGGUUAACUAGAGAAAUUGUCUACACAUCGGCUUUGACUGUUGAAGCGAUGCAAUGCUCAGCUUUUACAAGACAUUGAAAAUCACUAUACAUAUCAGUGUGUGCCUCUGCUUGAAUAGCAACUGAUACAUAUCUUAAUUAGAGCGAAAUUUUAGAGUUUUAUAUUAUAUAUUAAAUAUUACAUAUGUAUAGAUGAGUGUACGUUGUGAGACGAAUUUUUAUUAAUAUAUUUACCAUUUAGGAUGCUAUUGACUUGUACCACUUGAGGAUCUUAUGAAAUCCAAUUCUUAUGACUUCAAACAAAUAAAUAGAUAUAUUUUGUAAAUAAUCCCUUCUUACAAUUAGGUGCGAUGUCCCGAUAUAAUGUACUUUUCUAUGUAUCUAUGUAUGAGAUAUAUUAUAGUAUUCAAUAUCAAUAGAUAAUAAUAUAAAUUAAAUAAUAUACUUAUAUCUAGUAAAAGAUAUACUUAGAUAUGCAUUUUAUAAUCAAUGUUUGAAUAGCACUGCCAUCCACUAAAACCAUCAAUGAAAAGUCAGUGUUUCUUUAAACGGUAAGUAGGUACCUACCAAAGUACCUAUCUAAUUAGGGAAGCCUUAGCGUAACUUAAAGUAAAUAAACGUGACAGUGGUAGGCGUGAAUCUGUCAUUUAGUAUGGAAGGAAUUUGAUAAUUUCAUACAAAUUGACAUACCAAAGUAACUCCACUGUCAUGUUACUUGAAAAGUUUACACUAGGUGCUCUGAAUACAGCACUAAUUUUUAAUUAAGUAUAAUAAUUUUUUUAAGGAUGAGUACAGAAAAAGUUUAUUGUUUCAAAUGUGCAAUCGGAUUUUUUUUACACUAUAAUUUUACAAAGUUAUAUUAGAGUUUUCAUUGUUUUGAAAAUAAUACGAAUUGAAAAUAAUAACGGACCUCAUUUUGCGGUCGCAAAAACUGUUUGGUAACUAGCUAUUCAAAAUCUUUUAAAUUCGUUAUUCAAUAGGAUUAAAAAAAAAAAAAACAUAUAAUAGGGAAAUUCAGUAGUCUACUUAGGCAGUGAUCGUAAAUUCUUUCCGUCGAAACGACUUAAUCUAUAGCAUAUCUAAUAAUGCUUUAAAUGGAAAUCGUCUUAUGAAUUUAAUAAAAUUAAAAACAUGGUAUUUGUGAAAUGAAAACAUAUUAGCGAUAGUGAAUAUAUUUAUAUGCGGUUGUCAAUUAUAUAUACCUACCUACUUUCUUCGGUCAGAUUAAAAAUACUCAAAUGGCUUUAGAGUUUAGUCAGUAGGUACACCAAAAUUUUACCGUUCGGUGAUGCUAUAAUUUUUAAUUUUGCGAGUUCCUAACCUUUUGGCCGUUGGGUUGGAAGUGUAAUCCACCCGUCUCCCCCUCAAAAUCCCAAACGCGAAAUAAUUUUUGAAAAAUCUGUAUAAAAAAAUUCGCGCUCGCCACACUCGCACUUUUAUUUCGAGUUCUUUGAUCUCACCAUAGCGGAUAUUUUAAAAACAAAAUAUGUUGAAAUGGCUGUGCUCGUUUCCGUUCUGCUUUCAAAUUAGACCUUUUUAGGAUCCCACAGUAAACCAAGGAAUUUUUAUGGUUUCAUUUGAAAGUAAACUAUGAGCGUAGAGUUGACAUUAAGCAGCAGUAAUCGCUGAAAUAAAUCAGGUACAGGAUGAAGGUCUGGUGAAGUUAAAGCUGUUUAUUCAAGAAAUCUUCCGUUUAGUUUAUCCGAUAUUUACAUACACUGAUUUGAGUCAGACAUAUGCUCAAUUUAGACAGUUUCAAAAAGUACCUAUAGCCAUAGUACAAACAGAAUAGUAGGCUAACUAAGGCCGAUCGGCGAGUUAAUUACCUACUCCUGCGUUGACGCCAAGGGUUGUCACUUUUAUUUUUAAUUAAAUAUCAUUUGCGUAUUAUGUAUGACAGCACUAGGUUUUUAAUUUCGUAAUAAUAAUAAUGAAAUGUUUUACUAAUUCAUAAAUGGGGUGUAAAAAAAAGACGUUUUAAAAAGAAAAGACAAAUUUUAAAAAUUAUAAAUUUGUUACUGAAAAAUAUUUCCUCCGAUUACGAGAUAUUCGGAACGGUUUAUUGUUCGCCGUUAAUGUAAAAUAAAUUCUCAUCCUAACGUAUAACUUUUGCAAAAAACUUUUAGGGAAGCAUGGGCAUGGCAUCUUGAACUCUACUUCUUUUAGACGUUCGUAAAUUGACGAGCCGAUUUUAAUAUUAAUAUGGUCCUUUUUAAACUCAUUAUAAAACAACUGCUCCAUCCUUUCGAUAUUGGCGACAAAAUCAUCGGGUGGUACAUUCAGUAGGUAUAUUGAAGAAUGAUAAGUCCGGUUGGUUGGAGUCGUUAUUGAGACACCCGAAGACACCACAAUAAAUUUUGGCUUUUUUUGAAGUCAUAAUUGUUAAUACCAAAACAAAAAAGAGCGAGCGUGCAACGUAAUACGCAAUUGCGCGCGAUUAGCAUGGCGGCGCGGCCCGUACUGCCGGCCGAUUGAGCCGGUUGAGACUAUGCGAAUGUGUGCGUGAAACUUCCGUGCGUACACGGCGCCCGCUGCUCACGGAUACAUUCAAACCGGCGGCGGCCACUUUGUAUGGAGUUAACCUACUGUUCUGUUUGUACUAUGCUAUAGCCCACAAACCCUGCAACCAUCUUAUAAGUAUGUUUUAACUACCAGCGAAAGAAUUUAUAAAAGCAAUUCAAUAGAUCUUGAAAAAUAGCAAGUUAGAAAUUAAAAUAUAAUUGUUUUAGGUA